AUGGUUUUUAAACGUAAAAAACGUCCAGAAAUAUCUAAACCAACGAAUUUUCAGCAUUUACGUAAAACAUACUUUGAUCUAAAUAGUCAAACAUUAAAAGAUUUACCACCACAGUGGGCAAGUAUCUUAACAGAUGAAGACAUAUCACGAACAGCAAUGGCUGCAUACGAACGUCAAAGACAACGCGAACAACAACGCGAACAACAAUAUUCAAGUCAACAACCACGACCGAAACCAUUCAUUGGUGAUCCUUGUUUUUUAACACCAGCUGAUCUUCAAUUUCUUAAAUCUCAAACAAUUGUUCGUGGUUCAGGAUCAAGUCAACAGUCAUUAACAAACCACCGGGAAUUGAGUCCACCGAAAAUACCGGACGAAUAUCAUUAUCAUUCUCAUAAUCAACUCGUACAAAUUCCACGUAAUACUCAUCUCGAUCGUCUCUAUAAUAUAAAAACACCUGAACCAACCGUUGAUAAUCGUAAACCAUCAGCUCCAAACUAUCAAAAUGAUUUAUUACUUCCAUCGAAUGGAAAACACAAACAAGCAACAUCACCUAUUGUUGUUACACCUCGAGAAAAAAUCGAUGGAAAUACAAAAUUAUCACUUGAAGAUUUCAUUUUUGCAUUGCAAAAAGUUGUCAGUCAAUCCGAUCCUCGGGCCAUGUACGAUCAUUUUGUUAAGAUUGGCGAAGGAUCAACAGCUAAUGUUUACAUAGCUAUUGAUAAACACUAUGGUACACAAGUUGCUAUCAAACAAAUGAAUAUUACUAAACAACAACGAAAAGAACUUCUGUUUAAUGAAGUAAUGAUUAUGCGUGAUUAUAAACAUCCAAAUAUUGUUGAAAUGUAUGGUUCGUAUUUAGUCGAUAGUGAAUUAUGGGUUGUAAUGGAAUAUCUUGAUGGUGGUGCACUAACUGAUUUACUUGUCACACCAUCGGGUGAAAUAAGAAUGAAUGAACAACAAAUUGCAACUGUCUGUAAAGCAGUUCUUAAAGCUCUUGCUUAUCUCCAUUCGCACGGUGUUAUCCAUCGAGAUAUAAAAAGCGAUUCAAUAUUACUUUCAACGGAUGGUUUUGUUAAAUUGAGUGAUUUUGGUUUUUGCGCACAAGUUAUGAAUGAGAAAAAAGCACAAGUUAUUAAAAGAAAAUCAUUAGUUGGCACACCUUAUUGGAUGAGCCCUGAAGUCAUAUCAAGAACACCCUAUUCAACGGAAGUCGACAUUUGGUCAUUGGGUAUUAUGGUUAUGGAAAUGAUUGACGGUGAACCACCGUAUUUCAAUGAACAACCAUUAACUGCUAUGCGUAAAAUUCGCGAUCAGCCUCCACCAAAAUUAAAGAAUCCUCAUAAAACUUCAUCACUUUUACAAGGUUUUCUUGGUCGAUGUUUAAUACGUGAUCCAUCUCAACGUGCAACAGCUAUUGAUUUGCUUGAUCACCCAUUUCUUCGUCACGCUGGUAAUCCAUCGUGUCUUCAAACCCUUUUAUCAGAACAAAUGAUUGCUAAAGGAAAUUUACAUAUGUCAUGA